AUGGUAUCGGUGUUGUUGCUCGUCUUUAUCAUCAAUUCGGUGGCUUUCUAUCCGUUUGCUGUGCUCUUCUUUGUCGAAGUACUUACUGCACUCGUCUCCAUAUUUCAUGCUCGAAGACCAAGUCUAGGAGUUCUUCUAAUUUACCUUGCGCUUGAAAUCGGUAAAGCUCUUGCCGCAAUUACACUGGCACUUGUCACCGUGUUAUAUGAUCAUGACAAGGAUUGCGAAAUUCAGACUCAGUAUCUUGAUCUAAUGGCUCGUGCUUGUGCUUCCUUUUGUUCUUGUGAUAACAGCAUUCACUUUAUGAUCGAUGUAGGGGUUGUUGCGUUUGCUGAUGAAGCGGGAUCACUUUAAACGAAAUGCAGCACGUUCCGGUUUUCUCCGAUGGAACGAUUCCGAUUUUUCUGGUUUCUUAUCUCGAAGGCGGCCUUCAGCAUGUUCGUUUGUUUAGUAGCGAUGGCGGUAAGCAUCUAUGUACCGUUUUUCUGUUGGCAACCGUUCGACGAUGUCGUUGCUGCAUAA